AUGUCAAACAAUUCAGAAACCACGACUCGACUAGCAACCGACAGCGAGGACAACUUAACAUCAGAUGCGACUAACGAGACCAUGUAUACAGCCCUGUCAAAAGAAGAGUCGAUACCUACGAUGGAGAAUUAUGUGGACGAGUCCCAAGCAGUGGUUCUCGCGUCAGACUUGAAAAUCUAUCAACCAACUUUGGCAGGCGGCGAUGCAGCCAAAGAAACGUUGAGUCACGAAAAAUGGCCGUGCAAUGCGAAAUGUGAAUUGGAAGUCAAACCAAAAAUAGCGGCACUUGAGAAAGAGAGGAGGGAACUGGCUUUAAAGAGCAACGUAGAGAGUCUACAGCAACAAAGAUCAUUGCGAACGCGUUCAAGAAGAACCAACUCCACUUUCACCAAAGACGCUAACCUGAAUGACGCGGAAAACGUGGAUCCAGAGCUCGUUCGGACAAAGGACGAACCGAUUGUUGAUUUUACAGGUAGUUUCGAUUUUCCAGAUACAAAGCUGUCAUUGAAAUUGAACGAAACAAGAACUCGCUCAUCCAAGGUAAAAAAUAUUACAACAAAGUUUGCUGAUGCUGCGAUACUAGCUGAGCACAGGAAAGAUAAGGAUAAAGUUCCAAAUCCUCCUGACGCAUCGAAAGUUGUGAACCCCUGCUACAGAGGCUUAAAAAAAGGUGCAACUAAACCAUGGGAACUUGACUGUGAGAGAAACUCGCGAAGAAGAGAAUGCUGGGCCCGAUCAUUGGAUGACGAAGGCGUCGAUGAAAAAGCGGAAAAAAUGGAACAAAAAUAUAGCGAAAAACACGGACAGAAUAUGAAGGGUGCCAAGGGAAUAAAAUCCAAACAAAGAUUGUUAAAUCUUGAAGAACAAAACUCUUCCGACAGCUCGCUAAUAGACUCUUCAAAUGAAAGCCGAUCGAGGAGGCAAGAAGAGCAAGACUAUUCACAGAGUAAAAAGAGAACCUCCGAAAAGAGUCCGACGAGGAAACGGUUUAAGGAAGAGGAGAGGGAAGCCGGUCCGAGCGGCAUUCGGAAUCCUGAAAACGAUCACCGUCAUGAGCUUGACGAUGAUUUCAGUGACGACGACGUCGACAAUGCAUGGGAUGUUCUACCCGAAUCUCACCAGAACAGCAACUUGUAUCGUCGACCUGUCGACACUAAGAAACAACAAAUAAAUCGGGAUAAAACACGUUCCAAAAAAAAACUGACGGGAUCGAGAGUUCGGAUAUGGCGUGCCGGUUUGACAGCCGAUAUGGGAGAGCGAGACCCUCGUGUGAGGGGCAGCCCAUUCAGCAUCGAUGAACAAGAAAUAAUGAUAAAAUAUUUGCUUCAAAAUGGCAAAGUCCGUUACGCGAAGGGAUUAGUUGUAUGGAAGCAGCUGAUCCAUGACGGGUUGUUGCCGCAUACGACGCCGCAGUCGUUACACAAUCACUUUACAAAAAUUAUCCUUCCAAAAAUUGAAAAUUUUAAAAAAUUAACUGCCGUUGAGCUGCAAAUAUUUUUGAAUGUAAGGAAAGAGAAAAGACAACGCAAACGAUAAAAGUUGAGAAAAAUAUUUAAAAAAAAGAACUCGACAUAUAUAUUUUUUCACAUAAAAAGUAUUAUUUAUUCAAUUUAUUGUUUUUUGUUUUAUCCGUCGGUCAAGUACAUAACGCCGCGUUUUCAUUGCUACUUUGAGUAAGAGUUCUCUAGUCGAGAUUCGCCACGAACUCGUGACGAGCAAUUACGUAUGGCCAAUAAAUAAGUUUAAGCCUUGUCUGAACGAGCUCUCCUCGAGCUCUCGAUUGAAAUUCAAAAAUAAUCAAAGCUUUAAAAACAUGAAAAAAUAUAUAUAUAUUUUUUUUCUUUUUUAGUCAUAAGUUUUUCAAUAAAAUGUUGAACUCGCUAAAGAGCGCAUAAAAACGAUUGCGAGAGAGACGUUCAAGACUUUUAACAAUACACAUCGUGUUGAUCGAGAAGAAAGCCCUUGAGAAUGGAGAGAGUGGUAUAAAAUGAAAACGAUUGUUCUUAAAAGUGUGGAUGUACACGUGGACUCGUAGACGUUCAGCAGUUCGGAAAUUGUCCCUAUUCAGGUCUUUAUUUUGGGGAAACAUUUCCAUUGAGUACUUCAGUAUAUUUGCGUUGUUGAGUGGAAACGCCGUGGCAGGAUGCAACGAAGAUCCAGCGGGUUGAGCGAGCUUUCGCAGUUGCACUCUCGACGAGUUUCGAUGACAUUCUUUCCGGUUCGUUGGAAGCGGUGCAUUCACAUAAUUUUUUUCGCGUUCGAGCAGCAAUCGAUUUUCCUCAGUUUUUUUGUUUUUUUUUUUUCAUUCGGCGAAUAUCGAUCAGCGAAUCGAAGUUUUCACUGUCGCACUGUCUAGACUUGUUUCACUGUCUAGACUUGACGGGAAACUUGAGGUUUCCCGUCAAGUCUAGGACCUAGAGAGAACAAAAUUUCAUACUGUUUAAAAAUAACAAGGUUGAACGUUAUUUGCAAUAAGAGUUGCGAAUCAAAUGAAAUUUCUCUUAAUUUUGGAAUCGGUCUGUUUGAAUUUUAUUAGAGGAGAAUUACAAUAUGUACGUCGAUGUCCAUCUUUUGCUUACGAUUGGAAAUAAUUGAGCGUUGGAAAGAGAUUCGUAAUCGUAGUUUUUAGGUGAAUAAUAAAAAAAUGUUAUAUUUGGUGA